GUGGGCGCUCCGGGGGCUGGCGGGGCCGGGCGAUGGCGGCGGAGGCGGCGCGGGCGGAGGGGCCCCCGCUGCCCGGGCCCCCGGCGGGGCGGCCCCGGCAAAUCUGCUCCCGCCCCUACUUCGUGGUGCUCAUGGUGUUCGCGCACCUCUACGUGCUCAACGUGCUGGGGCUGCUGCUCUUCGUGCACCUCAGCGCGGGGGACGGCCCCGGCCCGGGCCCCGGGCCCCCGCCCCCGCCCCGCAGCGAGCCCGGCCCCCGGGGGGGCGCCCUGCCCCGCCGCGAGGGCAUCAAGGUUGGCCAUAAGCAAAAGGUGGAGCUGGUCCCUAACAAAGUCCAUUUCAUGAAAACUCUCAGCUUGAAACCGCUUCUCUUUGAAAUUCCAGGUUUCCUGACCGAAGAAGAGUGUAAGCUGAUUAUCCACCUAGCUCAGUUGAAAGGGCUGCAGAAAAGCCAGAUCCUGCCUACUGAAGACUAUGAGGAGGCCAUGGAAAUGAUAGAAAUCAGCCAAAUGGAUAUCUUCAACCUGCUGGACCACAACCAGGAUGGGCAGCUGCAGCUCAAAGAGGUGCUGACCCACACCCGCCUAGGGAAUGGCAGGUGGAUGACCCCUCAGAGUAUCCGGGAGAUGUACACGGCGGUCAAGGCAGAUCCUGAUGGCAAUGGUGUGUUGAGCUUGGAGGAGUUUAAACAGCUAAACAUUCGUGACUUCCACAAGUACAUGGGGAGCCAGAAAGUGAAGAUGAGCGAUCUGGUGCGGAACAGCCAACACACAUGGCUGUACCAGGGUGAGGGGGCACAUCAGGUCAUGAGGUCCAUACGGCAAAGGGUGAUGCGCUUGACCCGUCUGCCUCCUGAGAUUGUGGAGCACAGCGAGCCCCUGCAGGUUGUGCGGUAUGACCAGGGAGGGCACUACCAUGCCCACGUGGACAGCGGGCCGGUGUUCCCAGAGACGGCCUGCAGCCACACCAAACUGAUCACCAACGAGAGCGUUCCCUUUGAGACCUCCUGUCGCUAUGUGACAGUGCUGUUCUACCUGAACAAUGUGACGGGGGGAGGAGAGACCAUCUUUCCUAUAGCUGAUAACAGAACCUAUGAAGAGAUGUCUCUGAUUCAGAAUGAUGUUGAUCUACGAGACACACGGAAAAAUUGUGAUAAGGGCAACCUGCGAGUGACGCCACAGCAGGGCACUGCUGUCUUCUGGUACAACUACCUGUCAGAUGGGGAAGGCUGGGUUGGCGACCUGGAUGAAUAUUCCCUGCAUGGAGGCUGCCUCGUCACUCGAGGAACCAAAUGGAUUGCCAACAACUGGAUCAAUGUUGAUCCCAAUAAGAGGCGCCAGCUCCAGUUCCAGCAGGAGAUGGCUCGCUAUGCCAAAGAGGGGGAUGAGGCCCAGAACGAAUGGACUGUAGAUAAAUCCUACAGCAACGUGCAUGUGGAAUUGUAGUGUCCCAGCACAGCUGGGCCUGGAGGUGCCUCUUCAGUAACACUGUGGGACCCUUUUUGCACUUGCCAGUUUAGUUUAUAUUGAUGUAAGUCCUUUGGUAUUCUGCCCUUCCCGCCUCCCCACACACAUCCCUGCAGUGGUCCAGGCUCUGCUGGAGCCCGCAUCUCUGUUGGUCAGACGGGGGAAAGCACUACAGUAACGAGCCCGUUGGGAAGCAGGCCUCAUGCUAAUGAGACCGAGGUUGAGGAAGAUUUUGACAACAUGUAUUUUUAUUUCAAGUUUGUUUUUUCGUGUGGGAGGUACAAGUAUCCGAGAGCCCUGCCCAGCUGAGGCUUCUUGCCUCUCCAGGCAGGGCCUUCUUCAGGGGAAAGGCGCUGCCAGUGGUUCUGCAGAGUUUCAACCUCUCUUCAUCCUGGGUCUCGAUUUUUUUUUUCCCCAUUGAAAUGGAUUCAGUCUCUCUUUAGCUGCCUCCCAGGGGUUUCCUUGGCACCUGCCAGUUUCGGUCCCUAGAGUGUCCUGCUGCUAUUCCCUCCUCCCUCCAGAGCAUCAGCUUGGCUCUCUUGACCAGUAAUUGGCAGCACUGUCAGCUAAGCCAGAGCCCUCUGGUAUGGAGGCUGUAUAAUCCAGGAGGGAACAUGGGAAGUGGGGUCACUGAGCUUCUGCAUUAAGUCACUUCCCUAAGUUCCAGCCCCAUGAUGUGAGACUGCUCGGGGCAGAGGGGUGUCAGUCCUCCCGUAUUAGUAGGAAGGGAAGUGUUUCAGGUGCGGCUGUGUGCCUGUGGAGAUCUUGGAGUAUAAUGCUAAUGGUGAAUCCUUCUCAGGGAUUGAUGUGGUUCUGAAAUGCUUUUAUGUUGUGUUGACUAUCAGGGAGAAGGGAAGCUUUUAUGUGCAAUAGCAGCAGAGCUGAUGAAGUGUGUGUGUGGGGGGAGAGUUCACUCUAACUUCGUGAUUUGUGUGGCUGCCUUGUUAGGUGUUUGUUUCCUGAAGGUUCCUUCUGCCAAGUGAUUCUUUCCCCCCAGUCACGGAGCUACGUAUAUAUACCAAUGUCUCUGUAGCAAAUUGGAAGCGCAUUGGGGGAGUGACUCCCAGUGCCUCUCUCCGGACAACUGAACAGAAGAGGUCUCUGUGUAUCAUCAUCUGAUCCUCACGUGCUGAGGAGUUGGUCACUCCCGGCUCACCUUAGCUUGAAGCAUUUUCUGCUUUAGAUUUCAGUCAGUGGUCUCUUUCUGUGGGAAGGAAAGAAUUUGAAAUGUAGUGAGGAGUGGAACAGAUCCCUGCCUUGCCACAGCACAGGGCAUGGGCUGAAUGCAUGACUGGAGAUGGGAUUUCUUCACGGCUAGUACAUCCGGAAAGUCAAGCGAAGGUCCAUGCAGCCCUUAGGGCUGCGUGAGCCUGUUGGAUGUGCAGCCAUAUGCUGAGGAAGUGGCUGGAGUUGUGGCUGAGGUGGGAGCUGGGUUGGUUGGUUUGGCUUUAUUUAUUUAUUUAUUCAUUUAUUUAUUUGUUUGUUUUAAAGCUGCUGAACUGAGGAGAGGGCUCAGUGUGCUACUUUAGUGCCUGAUGUUUAGCCCUAAGGCCAGGUGGAUGCACUGAUGAUCACAGCUCUAUCCCAGUGUAAUAGUAUUAGGUUACAUGCCACUCUAGUGAGAGAAAACUUACUGCAUCAGGGAAGUCUGACCACAGUCCUGCUGCAAGUUACCCUGCCAAGCAAGGGGAUUAGCCAUGACAGAAGGUGGGCACGGUGAAGUGUUGCUAGGAAAUCUAAUUCCCUUUUAUUGCUCUCUCUGGGUUUUGGGAGCAGUUUGAAAUGUUCAACAGAACAUUUGCCCCAAAGAAUGGGGGUUGUCCUGUAGCCCCAGCCCUAGGGAACUGGGUAUGUUGCUAGUAGUUAUUCCUGUGUUACUGUACUGCUACUCAAGCCGAAAUAGGAGAUGCACUAAGCUAGUAAUGCAUGUUGCCACCAUGCAACCCUCCCAGACAAGGAGACCAAGAGGACCCGAUCAACAUUCUGUGUCUCAUAGGAAUGUGCAUCCAGAAACAAACCUGCAGUAGGGGAUCUCCUACCAAGGCACUGCAAGGGGUUAACAGUGUGUUUAUCGCAUUUCGCUUUUUUCCAGGUGGACACUGGAACCCUGCUGCCACUUAGUGAGCAGGUUAGCAGGAGUGUAUUGUGAAGGGUCUUCUGGAAGAGAGUAACCCUAGUUGUUCGGUAGCAGGAAUAUAAACAGACUCCAAUGACCAGUCAUGUUCAAUGCAGCUUGAAUCUGACCCGUUGGAACCCUUUCUAGCUGUAUGUACUUGACUGGGAUUCUGGGGUUUGGUGUGUGCUUUGCGAGUGUUGCUGCCCCUUCCUGUGUUCGUUCCACUUUACCAGCAGAGACUAAUCUAAGAACGGAGGAUUUUGUACAUUAUUUUUUUAAGAUGUUGUAGCUCAGAUGCUUUCUUCAUAGGGUGAUGUGAUGUCAUUUUAUUUAUUCUCCAGAAGGCAUGACUUUCUAUUGGAUCGGCCAAGUCCAAGCCUGCAAUCAAUCUUUUUGCUGCUCUUAGCUCUUUGGAGUGACUUGGCACUGUCAGUUGCAUGUGCAAGUGACUGACCAUUGUCUGCCCUUGGUUUUCUGUGUUUUCCAUAUCCUCAUGUGCACCCAAUAAGUUUUUCAUCCCUUAUUUAAUAUUUAUUUAAUUUAUUGUAUCCAUGUGCAAAGAAGCCAGGCUAUCUGUCCUGAAAAUAAAGUUUUGAAAACUCUU